CUGCACUUCCCUCGACUGACAGAGCAGCUGUAAUCGUGUCCUUCUGACAGCUACACUGUCAGCUGAAGUAAUACAUCUUAUUUAUACAGCAAACCAAAAACAAAUGUCGGGAGGCCUGAGAAAGAGGUUCACAUUCGUCUGUUAGUGUGGUAAAGGUUAUUUAGCGGCAGCGCUAGCUGGCUAAAGUAGCUCAGAACUGCUUUGUUUACAUUCCUAGUUCAGUUCAAGCAGCUUUCAUAGAGGGUUUAUAGCAGCAUAUAAAAGCUGUUAGACUGUUAGAGACACAAUCUCAGCGGCCUGGCGCAUCAUAGGUGCUCAAUUUGACCCUGAUUUGGCUAAAACAAGUAAUAUUUGUGCCUGUGCUUCAUUAAACGCCAGUAUGGGGAUGUGUUUGCCCUGUCUGAGUGGAGCUGAGGAUGAUGCAGCAGUCACACCAGACCCCGAGACGAGGAGAAGACAGCUAGCGGAGGCUGCAGAGAAGAGACAGAAAGAGACCACCUGCAGAGGUAUCAAAAACCCAGAAGCCUUGGAGAGGAAAAAGAAGAAACUAGAAGAGACAGAGAAACAGAGCAUGACCUCUGCAGCUUCUGGAGGCGGUGGGCUGAAGUGGCAGGUUGGCUAACACAGGCUGAAGGGAAGAUCGCUGAUGUGUCCACUGCGGGGGUCACCCUUCAUCCACACUGACUUGAGAGAUUCUUCGGUUCUGAUUUUGAAGUGUACACUAGCUAGGAGAGUUUGCAUAGACUCUAGAUUUUUUGCCAAGCUCUUGCACUGAACUCCUCAUCCUCCAGGCCUUCUGAUUGGCCAGAGUGCAUUCAGGCCACACCCCUUUAAAUGCCAAGAUGGGCUAGCUAGUGGGUUUAUGGGUCUUUAGCAAUUCAUGUUUUGUUUUGUUUUGUUUUAUCCCCUUCAACCUGUUCAGUUUGUGUUCAUGCAUCAUUUCAGACACGCAGCUUUUGUUCCGAUGUGCUUUCUAUUUUUAACAUUAGUAGAAUCCUCAGAUCUGAAUGUCAUUUUAAUACCAAUUUAUACAACUGAACAGCAUCUUUUAUAUUGAAUUUUGGAUAAUACAUAUAUAGCCACUUGUAGUUAUGCAUCAGUUACCAGUGCAUUUUGCGAUUGGGCAUGACUUGAAGUAUAAUAAUAAUAAUAAUGCAUAUUAUGUCAGUAAGCACUUUCACUGCCUGUUGAUUGUACGACUUGCUGUUCUUAUGAACCAAAUUGAAUGUGCAUCACUUUAUCUCAUGAGAUGCAUUGAUUUCUCACCGUUUUCCGAAGGCUACUGACUGUCUUCCGUUAAGAAAAUCUUAACUUAAAGCAUUUAAACUCAACAUCCAUACAGUAUGUCCAUAUAUUUUAUCUUUAGAAACUCAUCUUAUUGCCUUUAAUGCAUUUAUUUGAUGUAUUGCUCAUGAGUUGUAAUGUCUGCCUACAGCAACUCAUUCACUGCUUGAGGCAGGGAAACAAAUAAACAAGUGAAACAUCUU